CACACACACACACACACACACACACACACACAGCAAUGAGUACAUCCAUCACAGUGCUGGAGAUGGAUCAAGGGGACGUGUUCUUCGGGGAGGAUGAUUAUAACUACUCCAGCAGCUACGAGGACGAGAGCAACGGCACGUACGAGUACGACUGCGCCCCGGAGGAGGGCCAGCUGCGGCUCUUCCAGACGGUGCUGCUGCCGCUGGUGUACAGCGCCGUGUUCCUGCUGGGCGUGGCGGGUAACGGCCUGAUGGUGGCGCUGUUGCUGCGGCGGCGGCGCGGGUCCCUGCGCAUCACCGAGAUCUACCUGCUGCACCUGGGCCUGGCCGACCUGCUGUUCCUGGCCGCGCUGCCCCUUCUGGCGGCCAAGCAGGCGUCCGGCUGGCUGUUCGGCGUCGUCCUCUGCAAGCUGCUGAGCGCGCUGGUCAGCCUGAACCUGCUGUGCAGCAGCCUGCUGCUGGCCUGCAUCAGCUUCGACCGCUACCUGGCCAUCGUGCACGCCGUGCCGAGCGUCCACAGCCGCCGGCCGCGCACCGUCCACCUCACCUGCGGCCUGCUGUGGCUGCUGUGCGUGGGCCUGGCGGCGCCCGAGGCCGCCUUCGCCACCGUGGUGGACGCCGGCGGCGCGGGCGGCGGUCCGCAGUGCUCGUACGCUGGGCUGGACGGCGCCAACUGGACGCUGCUGAGCCGCGCGCUCACGCACCUGCUGGGCUUCUUCGUGCCGCUGGGCGUCAUGGCCGCCUGCUACUCGGCCGUGGUGCGGACGCUGUGCCGGCGCCGCCACAGUCUGGAGCAGCGGGGCGCCGUGCGGCUAGCGCUGCUCGUCACCGCCGUCUUCUGCCUGUGCUGGCUGCCCUUCAACCUCACCAAGCUGCUGGAGCUGCUGGUCAUCCUGGGCCCGCUGGCGCAGCUGGGGUGCGCGGCGGCGCUGAAGCAGAGCCUGGUGCUGAGCGAGAGCCUGGGCUACGUGCACUGCUGCCUCAACCCCGUCCUCUACGCCUUCGCCGGCGUGCGCUUCCGCAAGGAGCUGCUGCGGCUGCUGGGCAGGUGGAAGGUGUGCCACCGCUGCGUCCCCGCCCACUGCAGCAGCCGCGUGUCCUCCUCCGACGGAGUCACCACCACCACCACCGUCAAGCCCAUCUGACCUCCUCCGACGGAGUCACCACCACCACCAAUGUCAAGCCCAUCUGACCUCCUCCGACGGAGUCACCACCACCACCAACGUCAAGCCCAUCUGACCUCCUCCGACGGAGUCACCACCACCACCACCGUCAAACCCGUCUGACCUCCCAACACACCACCAACGUCAAACCCAUCUGACCUCCCAACACACCACCACCACCACCGUCAAACCCAUCUGACCUCCUCCGACGGAGUCACCACCACCACCAACGUCAAACCCGUCUGACUUCCCAACACUCCACCACCACCAACGUCAAACCCAUCUGACCUCCCAACACACCCAACACACCACCACCACCAACGUCAAACCCGUCUGACCUCCCAACACACCCAACACACCACCACCACCAACGUCAAACCCGUCUGACCUCCCAACACACCCAACACACCACCACCAACGUCAGACCCAUCUGACCUCCCAACACACCCAACACACCACCACCACCACCACCACCAACGUCAAACCCGUCUGACCUCCCAACACACCCAACACACCACCACCACCAACGUCAAACCCAUCUGACCUCCCAACACACCCAACACACCACCACCACCACCACCACCAACGUCAAACCCGUCUGACCUCCCAACACACCCAACACACCACCACCACCAACGUCAAACCCGUCUGACCUCCCAACACUCCAUUUCCCACGGUGCACCUGAAACUUGUCCGGUUUGACCCAUUUAUGCCUUAUCGUGGAGGAGCAGAAUAGCAAGAGUAAAGUGGGCGUGAGAGCUUUGUACAUGAAGAUGUCUCUAUAAACUAACUUUUAUACCUUUUUAUAACUAGCUUUGUCAUUGAAUGAGCCUUCAGCUUUAUGAAAACUGCUUCUUAAAUAAACGAGU